AAUCUAAAUGGAACCCCCCAACCCCCAGCCUCGUCUCUCCCCUCACCUCGUCAGUCGUCACUCUCAGUCUCUCACGGCCUCAUCACCUCAUCACUCUCUUGGUCUCGCACUCAUCUGAGACUGAAGGUCGUCGUCGCGGUCUCGUGCCCCUGCGUUCGCUUCGUCGGCGGCAGAAGCAGACGGAACCAAUCAAGCAGCAUCUGCUCCUUUGGGUGGUGGUUGUGGUCGUCUUCUUGUUUCGUCGCCGUCUCGGAACCAGUCAACCAGCAAAAAAAAUGAGAAGUGGUCUGAUAUGGGCUACAGCUGAGGAUUUAGCUAAGAACAGAGGGCGAGUCCUGUCACUAUACCGUCAGAUAUUGCGAAGCCUUAACUCGCCGAAGUUGCCACUCACAUUUGCAGCUAGAUUAGCGAAGAAAGCAGAGGUUCGUGCAAUGUUCUGGGUAGGUUCGGACGAGCGCUCAUUGCACAAUAUUGCUGACCUCAUUGAUGCCGCAGAGUACUCUCUUUCCUUUCUCAAGAAAGGCGAGCUUCCUCCUCGCUACAUCACCUAAUUAUUUUUUUUUUUCUUUUUUGCAAUUUAUUUGUUAUGCAUUUGUUAUUGUGCAAAGUAGUUGGGAACUAAAAAGGAUAUAUUGCUCAAUGAUCAUGUGAUAGUUAAUUAAGAAUUUCCUAGUCCCUGUCAUGGCUAAGAAUUCUAGGCUGGCCCUUGAGUUGGAGGACUAUUAUUCUGUUGAUUGCAGUUUCAAAGUCAAUCUAGCAAAGCCAAGUUAGCUUAAGCUUUUCUCUCUUUUCUGGGGGUGCAAAGUGUAUUUUCACGGUGACAACUACUAUAAGCAAUAUAUAAACCACCAAAUAUAGCUUACUGGCUACGCUCUAAAUGUCUAAUAAUAGGUACAAAUGUGUCUUAUUAUCUGACAUUUUUGUUGUUGGAGAAGGAUUUGGAUUUGCACUUAACUGAAUUGUUGACUAUCUACUUGAAAACAAUUCUCUCAAUUGCUGAGGUAGUAGUAUUCACAAUUGUCUACUUAGUGGGGAUGUGGAUUUAGAGGUUGGAUCAUCUUUUUCAUUUGCUAGGGGCCCUUAACUGAACAAGAAACAAAGCAUGGCCAGCAAGUAGGUUGUUUUUAUCUCCAAGGACUAUGAAGGUGCAGGUGCACCUAUGAUUUAACAUAUCCUCAAACAAUGAUAAACCAGGUAGUAGGUUUUAUCCAUCAUUCAAAUCAUGGUAAUUAUGGAAAGUGGAUAAUCUUCACAGUGAGGCUUUGAUCAGUUCAAACAAACUUGUGCCUGAGACUUUCUAGAGUCCCCAUGACACCGGUGUCUAGAGUGAUGAAUCAACGUUGUAAAUAGGGGGUUUGCUGCCAUGGCUGGAUCUAUAGGAAACAUUUUCAACUGGAACAUGCAGAAGAUAGACAGGGAGUUUCAAUUAGUAGUUGUAUGCUUCUAGUUUUAGUUGCUGCAUACUGCUCUGUUUUGUGUUGCUGUCAACCUUAUUACGUCUGCUCUGGCUCUUUU